AUGGAUAGUAGCGACAUACGAUUAAAACCACCACAGGAAACAUUUGUUGAUGAGCCAUGUUCAUUAGAAGACAUUGAUAUUAGCGAAUUAGCGUUUGAUUUGGAGCAUGGCUUGAAAGACAUCAAUAAAUUAAAUGCAUUCCACGCAAUAGCUAUAUUUAGCUCUUGUUUGCAAGAUUUAAUAAAGUUACAGGCGGACGAAUUGUUAUUUAAGAAAUUUAGAAGGCAACAAUUGGAAAAGCUUCUGGUGGACAUCGAUAUUUUACAUGGAGAGAAAAAGAAUGGAUGUGCUGAUACUAAGAAGAUACCGACAGAGAAAUUACGUAGUCCUUCAGUCUCUCCACCGUUGAAAUUUGCUAGGCUACAUAAUAAUUUUGAGGGGACCAAUGAUGACUUCAUAAAAGAUAGAACACCCGAUUCGUUGUUCAAUGAAGAUAAAAUUGAGGAUCAUAUAUUGAACGGAAAUGCAGAAAAUGAAGCUUUAGGUGAUAUUGAUCCACCUUAUAUUCGUAUCCAUGAAUUAAUAAAGAAUACGUCAAUUGAGAAGGUUUCUAAUCAAAUAACGUUACAAGACUCUCACAGACUACGUACUGAAAUAGAGUACCAUCUCGCUAAUAAAGUUAGCAGCCAAAAUGCCCUCUUGCUAAAGUCGUUUAAUUUAGUGAGUAUUCCAGCCCUUUCAAUAGAACAAUUUUUAAUGAGAAUAAAGACGUAUUCGUCAUCAACCUCGGUUCUGGUAUAUAUACACUCGGCAUAUUUGAUUUUUAAGUUAUGCAUUUUACUUGAUAUUGUUCGUCUAACGGAUUAUAAUGUUCAUCGCUUGAUUUUGGCUCUGAUAAGGAGUCUGACAAAAAUUUUGGAAGAUGUGUAUCAGAAGCAGAAAUCAUUUGCUACAGUCGGUGGUGUCAACUUGAAAGAUUUAUUUAAGAUUGAAAUGGGAUUUCUUUAUUUAUGCAACUUUAAAUUGGUUACUGGCGAAGAAAUUCUUAACACAUAUUUGAAAGAAGAGUUUACUCAGUUACGAAAAUUUUGCAAGGAAAAUUUUGAUGAUGAAUGUAAAAAGAAUGGUAGUGACCUCAAUAAUGAAUCUGGUAAAUAG